GGCUGCCAUGGCUGCAAGCGGCGACGGCGGGCUGCGGCGGCGGCGGCGCGGGGAAGAGUCCGAGGCGCCCGGGCAGCCCGAGGCGGCGCCUGCCCCGCCGCCGGCCCUGCGCCCGGGCACCUUCUGGCUGACGCGCCUGGCGCUCCUGCGCGCCACCGCCGCUCUCUACCUUGUAGCUUUUUUGGUGGCUUAUCACCAAAACAAGCCACUGAUUGGUGAUAAAGGCCUUCUUCCUGGCAAGCUGUAUUUGGAGAACAUCAAGCACUAUUUCAAAGGGAAGAUAAACUUGGAGGCUUUAAGCUACGCCCCAACUCUCAUCUGGUUCCUGGACUGGUCCAACAUGGAUGGCAUCCUGGAUGGCUUUGCCUUGACAGGCUUGGCAAUUGCAGCAUUCAUCUUGGUCACCGGCUGUGCCAACAUGAUUCUCAUGACUGCCCUGUGGGUCCUCUACCUGUCACUGAUUAACAUUGGACAGAUCUGGUAUUCCUUUGGUUGGGAAUCUCAGCUUCUUGAAACGGGUUUCUUAGGGAUCUUCCUCUGCCCUUUCUGGACACUCUCCCAGUUGCCCAAACACACACCACCCUCCCAUAUCGUCAUCUGGUGUUAUCGAUGGCUUAUCUUCAGAAUCAUGCUGGGAGCAGGAUUGAUUAAAAUUCGUGGGGAUCGCUGCUGGAGAGAAUUGACUUGCAUGAACUACCAUUAUGAGACUCAGCCUGUGCCCAACCCCCUUGCCUUCUAUAUGCACCGGUCACCUUGGUGGUUCCAUCAGUUCGAGACCCUCUUCAACCACUUCAUUGAGCUGGUGGUGCCAUUUUUUAUCUUUCUGGGACGGCGCAUGUGCAUCCUUCAAGGGGUUCUGCAGAUAUUCUUUCAGGCGCUUCUCAUCAUUAGCGGGAACCUGAGCUUCCUGAACUGGUUGACCAUGGUGCCCAGCCUUGCCUGCUUCGACGAUGUCUCCUUGGGGUCUCUUUUCAGCUCCAGAGGAAAAGGCAUCAAGGCCCGAGUGUUGGAGACGCAAGAUAAAGCAGCAAAAGAAAAAGGAGCGCCUUUGCGGUAUGGCUGCUACAUCCGCAGAGUUGUGAACAUAUCCUUUGGGGUCCUGAUCGCUUUUCUGAGCGUCCCAGUGGUGGUGAAUCUGCUGAGCUCCCGCCAAGUCAUGAAUACUUCCUUCAACCCUUUGAGGAUAGUCAAUACCUACGGAGCAUUCGGAAGCAUCACUAAAGAGAGAACUGAGGUCAUCCUUCAAGGGACUUCCAGCCCGGAUCCCAAUGGCCCGGCUGCGGUUUGGGAGGAGUACGAAUUCAAGUGCAAGCCGGGGGACCUGCGCCGGAGGCCCUGCUUCAUCAGUCCGUAUCACUAUCGCCUGGACUGGCUCAUGUGGUUUGCUGCAUUCCAGACCUAUGAGCAGAAUGAAUGGAUCAUCCACUUGGCAGGAAAGCUCUUGGCCAAUGAGAAGGAAGUUUUGUCCCUGAUGGCGUUCAAUCCAUUUGAAGGCGAGGCACCGCCAAGAUGGGUUCGAGGAGAGCACUUCCAGUACAAGUUCUGCCAGCCAGGAGGGAAGCAUGCUAGAGACAGCAAGUGGUGGAUCCGGAAGAGGAUCGGGCCCUACUUCCCACCUGUCAAUCUGGAGGGGCUGAGGAAGUAUUUUGAGUCUCGCCGUUGGCCUCUGCCAUCACAGAACUGACAACUGGACCACGAAUUAGCCUUAUUGGCACCCGAGACCUGUGGUGCACCCAUGCCUCGUGAAACUAUCUUUUUUAUUGUCACUCUUUCCUUUGCAGUAAAGUAUACGAAGCGGGGGUUUACAUUAA